AUGGCUAGGCUCAAGAACCUCGUCGCGCUCUCGGGGCUUCUCCUGGGAAGCGUCACAGUCGCUGCGACGCCGGCUCCCACGUCGUCCGUAAUUCCAGAUUGGCAUAUACAAUCCACCUUGAAGAUCACCACAGAACCGGCUGCCUUGUCCCGGCCUGGCUUGGACACUUCGGAAUGGACCCACGUCAAUGCCUCGCGCUGCACGUUGAUGGGAUGCCUGAUCCAGAGCGGCAUGUACAACGAGGAGGAAUUAUUCCUCUCAGACAACCUGCGAAGUGUCGACAGCGACCAAUUCCUCGUUCCUUGGCUGUAUCGUAACGAAUUCCCCCUUGAGCCAGCAGAGGGCAAGCACUUUUUCCUCGAGACAAACGGCAUCACGUCAAGAGCCGACGUCUUCCUCAAUGGCAAGCAACUCGCCGACAAGGCGUUCCAGUCCGGCGCAUACGGUGGCCGCACCUACGAUAUCUCUAGUAUUGUUGACGGUGUCAAUGCACUAGUCUUCAAGGUGUAUCCCACCGACUAUAUGCAUGACUUCGCCAUUGGAUUCGUGGACUGGAAUCCGGCCCCUCCGGACAAUGGGACUGGAAUCUGGCGAGACGUCACGGUUAAACAGACUGGUCCUGUAUCGCUGGGACCUCUGCGAGCCGUGACAACCUUUGACAGGCCCGUAGGACAAGGGGGCGCAGUCGUUGUUCUCAAGGCCGCAGUCCAAAACCUGGAGAAUAAACUGGCAACUGUUGAUGUCGAGGGUAUGGUUUCCAAGGAGGGUACUUCUGGCGAGCCCCUGAGCCUGAAGAAAUCCCUGACACUCCAGCCUCUGGCUAGCGAUGAAAUAAAUAUCGAGAUAUCGCUCGACGAUGCGGCAAUAUGGUGGCCCAAACAAUGGGGAGAGCAGCCCCUCUACAAGGGGCAGAUAUCAGUAUCGGUCAAUGGCUCCCUCUCGGAUAGUGAGGAGCGAAAAUUUGGCGUUCGCCAGGUGACCCACCAGCUGAACUCGUACAACGAUAGCAUUUUCAGCGUCAAUGGUCAUCCAUUCCAGGUCCUCGGCGCGGGUUACACGUCAGACAUCUUUCUCCGAUGGGACAGCGCCAAAUUCACCGCCCAGGCACAGUACAUGCUAGAAAUGGGGCUCAACACAAUCCGCCUAGAGGGGAAAAUGGAGCAUCCCGAGUUUUACGACAUCGCCGACCGUCUGGGGCUGAUGGUAAUGGCGGGAUGGGAAUGCUGCGACAAGUGGGAAGCCUGGAGCUACAACGACAAUCUCGAUGACCCAAUACCGAUCUGGGACGAUAAUGACUACAACACGGCAAACGCGAGCAUGUGGCACGAGGCACACAUGCUCCAGACCCACCCAAGUAUCCUCACCUUCUUGGUUGGAAGCGACUUCUGGCCAAACGACCGAGCUGCCGCCAUAUACCUAGACGCCCUUGCGGCGUCCGACUGGCAAACUCCCAUCAUCCCGUACGCUGCGAAGAAGGACGGAUACCCAGAGGAUCUCGGACCGCCGUCGCUGAAGAUGGAAGGUCCCUACGACUGGGUGCCUCCCAACUACUGGUACGACACGAAGCCGGCAGAGGAGCGACUGGGAGCUGCCUUCGGCUUCGGCUCGGAACUUGGUCCCGGGGUGGGUACCCCCGAGCUGAGCAGCCUGAAGAGGUUCCUGUCCAAGGGCGAGCAGGACGACCUGUGGAAGAGCCCGAACAAAAGCCUGCUCCACAUGUCGCCCAGCAACUCCGACUUCAGCACCCGCACAAUCUACAACGGCGGUCUCUGGAACCGGUACGGCGCCCCGACAUCCCUGGACGACUACCUGAUCAAGGCGCAGAUCAUGGACUACGAAGCGACACGGGCAGAGUUCGAAGGAUACUCAGCCUUGUGGAACAAUGAGCGCCCAGCCACCGGCGCCAUCUACUGGAUGCUUAAUGGCGCCUGGCCGAACCUGCACUGGAGCCUGUUCGACUACUACCUGCACCCCGCCGGUGCGUACUUUGGCACCAAGGUGGCGGGCCGGGUCGAGCACGUGGCGUACGACUACGUCAACAAGUCUGCCUACCUAAUCAACCACUCCCUCGACCGCAGCGGGCCCCGCUCAGUGGCCGUCGACGUCAUCGGGCUUGACGGCAAGGCCCUCUCCAGCGACGUAGUGCGGGCCUCGACGGAGCCAAACACAAGCAAGCGGAUCGCCGACCUGACGAGGGCGCUCGGCGGCGCCGUCGACGGCGUCGUCUUCCUGCGGCUGGUGCUCAAAAACGACGAGGAUAACAGCACCCUGAGCAGGAACGUCUACUGGCUGGCCGAGAAAACCGACACGGUGGACUGGCCCGCCUCGGACUGGUUCUACACGCCCGUGUCCGAGUUUGCAGACUUCACCGCCCUCGACAGGCUCGCGGCCGCCGAUGUCUCGGUCACGGCUGAGCCGGCGACCGGCGGGGACGGCAAGUGGAAGGUGGUGCUCGAGAACCGGGCCGAGGUCCCGGCGUUCUUCGUCCGCCUGAAUCUCGUGGACAGGGAUGGGGGGGACGUGGUUCCCGUGUUCUGGUCGGAUAACUAUGUGACGCUGUGGCCGGGGGAGACGCUCGAGUUGGAGGUCGGCGGGGGAGGAGGGGCUGCUGCGAUACAGGUUAGCGGGAAGAAUGUUGCGAGGGCAGAGGUCAGGAUAGCUUAGGGGGCUGCACUAAUUCUUUUGCCUUCGUUCCAAGUCUCUAAUUUUCUACUUUCAUUGGUCCUGGAUCUGUACGGCGUUAUAGAGUUUCUGGGCAGGUUGCCGUGUGCCUGGAAGGAGGGACAACGGCCUGGCUGUGAUUAUGUCUAGAACCACGAGACCGUCAGAAAUAAGCCUGCCUACACAAUUAUAC